UUUAACCGCCCAAAUGUGAUGAAAUUUUUUAUCAUAUUACAAAAUGUUCAACAAAUAAAAAACUUCUUACCACACCGAAUUUUUAAUGUUGAUGAGACAGGAUUAACCACUGUAAAAUCAAAAUGUUCAAAUAUUUUGGCAUUAAAAGGUAGAAGACAAGUUGGUUCAUUAACUUCAGUUGAGAGGGGAUUAUUGUCAACAAUUUUAGUCUGUAAAUCAGCUGGUGGACAUUUUAUACCACCUAUGAUCAUUUUUCCAAGGGUGCGAAUGAAAACCGAACUACAGGAUAGCGCUCCUCCAGGAACUAUCUUUCAUUACCACCCAUCUGGAUGGAUGCAAUUAGAUAUUUUUACAGAAUGGUUCCAACAUUUUUUAAAUCAUGCUAAACCAACUGCAGAAGAUCAUGUUCUUCUUAUAUUAGAUGGACAUAUGACUCACACAAGGAAUGUAUACUUUAUUGAUUUAGCAAGAAACAAUUAUACCACUGUUGUGUACUUACCACCAUAUUGCAGUCAUAAGUUUCAGCCAUUGGACGUCUCUUUUAUGGGACCUCUAAAUACUUAUUAUGUUCAGGCAAUUGAGAAGUUUCUACGAAAUAACCCAGGAAGAGUUGUAACACAAUUUCAAGUGAGUAAAAUUUUUGGUGAAACUUACAUUAAAGCUGUGACUCCUGCAACUGCAAUAAACGGUUUCAAAAAAUGUGGAAUUGUGCCAUUAGAUCCAAAUAUAUUUGAAGAUACAGAUUUUAUUGCUACUCAAACUACAGAUAUUUUCUAAUAGAUCCACUAAUAGCUGAAAUUUCAAUAAAUGAAAACGAAACAAUUGACAAACCAAAAGAUAACCAAUCUAAUUAAUUUUACACUUUGAUGAGCUAAAAAAAAAGUGGCGAGGAUUACGAGACACUUUCGGGAAAGAACUUAAAAAAGUCAACAGCAAAAAAUCUGGUCAAGCAGCUGUUUCAGAAACUGACUCCAGAAGGCCUUAUUUUAAGAAUCUGUUGUUUCUUCGAGGUACAAUGUCUCGAAGGGAUCUUAAAAGUAGCGUUCCCGAUAACAGUGACAUAUCUGAUGAGGAGUUAUUGACACAAACAAGUACAAGUUCAAACUUUACGGCUUCGUCAUCCAACUGUCAAUCGCCGGAAGUAAAUGCCGAACAAACUCCAAAGAAAACAUUUAAAUCUCCAUUAAAAAAAAAAUGAAAAGGAGUCAGACAGAUGAUAUUGAUACAAGACUAUUGCAAAUUGAAGAAGAGAAGUUAAAAUGCUUUCAAAAAAGUGCAAAUGAUCCUGAUGCUCAGUUUCUAAUGAGCCUUCUACCAUUUUUAAAAGAUAUUCCUAAACAUCGUAAACUAAUGGUACGAGCAAAAUUACAGCAAGUUCUUAUGGAUGAACAACAUUCCAUAACAUCAGUGGGAAUAUAUGAUAAUUCUAGUGAUUCGAGUCAAUACAGUGUUUUUCAACAAUUGCCAGAAGAUGAUCUUACUCACUACGUCACGCAAUUCAACCCAAACAAUAAUAAUUAG